AUGGAGAAUUCGCUACCUUCUUUCAAGGAUUGUGUAUAUCGAACCCGAGGUCGAAGCGCUUGGGUUGCGACAGUGGACUUGGACGAGCGCAUUAACAUAAAUGGAGGCGCUACCAUCACAGCCAAGAACCAUGGGGAGUUGCGAUUCCGGUGCCGUUGGGUAUUGCGAACUGAGGAAACCCCGAUCGAUCCAGAGACGUGGCGAUUAAACGAUCCGCUACUUCCGAUGGCCGAAUGGCACAACACCAGUCAUGUUGCACCAGUGAACCAUACAACAAAAAGCAUUAUACAACCAAAGAAGGUUGAGAGCAUGGGUGUUCACCAAGUUCUCCGUUUCGCUCCCGGUGCUCGCCUAUACCUAGUUCCACCGGAAGAUGCAGUGAUCAGGUGA